UUGUCAUCAUCCUUCCCGUCAGCCUCUAACUAAACCCUUUACCGUUCCCUCUCUUCGUAUACCGUUCCAGCCUCUGUGCCUUCCCCACUUUCACAGCCCCUCAAUCCCGCUUCACAAUCCCAACAACUGAAUUUACGAUUCUACUUGCUGUUUUAUUCAUUACCAGGCAAUCCUUAGUCUCCUCAUUCAUCUUCAAUUAUCCUCAUGUCAUACAUAUACAGAGAGCGUGAGCGUGAACGCGACUGGGAUGAACCUCGUUCUCCAGUCACGAUCAAACGUUACGUCAUCUCCCCCGAAGAAGAGCGAGAGCGAGAGCGAGACGUUCUCUACCGACGCGAAGAUCCCUUUACUGGCGACCGAGAGCUGGUGAUUCGACGGUCCACAGACCGGGAGGAACCCGUCAUGCUCCAACGUUACGAGCGCGAUGUUGACUACGACUCCCGCAGCUAUGACUACCGUUCCGAGAGGGAUUAUUACGAACGUGAGUACAAGGAGCCUGAACAUCUCCAUCGCUAUUACCCUACCCCUUUUUUUAUUCUUGAGAGACAACCAGUACUUAUGGUUGAAGCUCGAGGUCCUGUCUAUGUCAACCCGCGGGAGUCCGACUAUGAGGUUGUCCACCGCUCAGAAGUGGACCGAGAGCCUGGGUACUAUUAUCAUCGCCGUGUCCGCGAAUAUGACAACGAUCGUCGUUUUCACCGUGAACUUAGUCCUAGCGACUCAGUUUCCCAGACCACCCGCCGUCGGGAUGACCGGGAUGACCGUGACUAUAGCAGCGAUGAUAGCAUGGUCUACAUCCGCAAAGAGACCCGUGAGUAUGAUGACCACCCACACCAUCGACGUCAUCUUGCCGAGGGUGCAUUGGUCGGAAUUGGUGCUGCAGAGCUACUUCGCAGUCGCCGAAAAAAGGAAGGGGAAGAUGUUUCGAGUGGAGUGGGUCGCCUUGGACGGGAUAUUGGUGCUGGCGCCCUGGGUGCUGUAGCAGUGAAUGCGGCAUCCCGAGCCAGAGAUUACUAUCGUAGCAAGAGCCGACAUCGUUCGCACUCAUUUGAGGAUGAUCGAAGCUCUCGCUCCCAUCACCGUCAUCAUCAUCAUAGUCACAGCCACUCCCGUCGCAGUCGCAGUCGCAGUCGCUCUCAUUCUCAUUCCCGGGCGAGAACUUUAGCAGAACUUGGCCUCGGUGCUGCAGCUAUUGCUGGUGCCGUUGCCCUUGCUCGAAACAAAUCCAAAGAUGAGCGACGAAGCCGUUCUCGCCAUCGAAGUAGGUCACGACACCACCGUUCAUCUUCUGUCAAGUCUGGAAGGACUACCGAUGGUGAAAAGCGCAGCGAGUCGCAGCGUAGAAAGCAUAUGGCGGGCGCUGGAUUGGCUGGUGCUGCGGUGGCUGGUCUCGUGGAGAAGGCACGCAGUCGCUCUCGCUCUCGUAAGCGUGAGUCUCGAUCCCAUAGCAGGCUCAGGAAAGCUCUUCCUGUCGUAGCAGCUGGCUUGGGCACCGCGGCCGCGACAGGGCUUUACGAAAAACAUAAAGAGAAGAAAGAAGAGGGCGAAUCUUCGCGCCGCAGGGAACGAUCUAGAUCUCGAAGCCGGGCGCCUUCCGAAAUCUACCCUGACCCGACACGGGACUCUGCUGGUUUGAUCGAGUAUGGUCAGGACCCGGUUCACGGAAGGAUUCCCACGGCGGACUACUACGGGCGACCUACGAGUCAACAGGCUUAUUACUCUGAUGCUUCUGACCCGGCUGUCAGCGGCACGGGAUUUGGCUCGUCACGACACCGUGGCCGCAGCAUUAGCCGCAGCCGCAGCCGCAGCCGGAGUCGUGGUGGAAGAUACAGCGGUAGCCCUUCUGGGUCUGAUAGCAGCGAUCGCAGAAGACGGCGAAGGAGACAAGAUAAGCAUCGUAGCAGGUCUCGUGACUUAGCUGAAGCUGCUUUGGCUGCAACUGGCGUCGGUUAUGCGGCUCAUAAGUAUUCGCAGCGGAGAGAGCGCAAGAAGGCGGAGCAAGAGAGGGAAAGGCCAAGAUUCGAUGAAGAUGCACACCAGGACUCGUAUGGCGAACCAUAUAGCCCUGAGCCGUAUCAUCACACUGCUCUGCCCCCCCAGUCGAAUGAGCAUCAAUACUACCCUAAUACCAAUUACUUCCCACCGCCUCCGGGCUCCGCUCCUCGACCAGCUGGAAGCACUACCCCGUACAACCCAGUUGAUUAUCCUCCUCCACCUGGCGCGGUUCCACCUUCGCAGUCGUAUGGUUAUCCUCCCCCUCCAGGACCCGAGUCAUUCGUGUCUCGACCCCGGAGGGCAGAUGAGAAUGUGAGUGCUGCAUGGAACUCUUCCCCUCCCACUUCCCAAGCUCAUAUGGAUGAUGGUGGGUUCAGGGACGAACACCAAUGCACUAGGGGAAAUUCUAACACGAAAACUUUAGGUCUAAAUAUCCGAUCGCCAUCGAGGACUCCCCGUGCGAAGAAGCGAAGAUCACGCGCUGCGAGUCAGUCUCCUCAGUCUAAGUCGGUUGCUUUUGAUCUCACUUCAGAAGAUGGUCAACAAAUGGACCUGGGAUAUGAAACUGAUGAUAGCGAUUCGACGAUCGGUUCGUCGAGCGGGGUUCGUCGCCACGGACACCGUCGGCUCCAUUCUUCCUCUGAAUCCUAUUCUCCCAGAACAGGGUCAGAGGCAAAAAAUAUGGCAUCCGAAAAGAAACCGAGAUCGAAUACUUCGAGAAAAGAGAUAGAAUCGGAUUCGGACUCUACAAUUGACUUACCUGAUCGCUUCGACUCACAAGGCCGACUUUUGCCCCAGCGCGACGACAGUAUGUUCGUUGGCGGGCUCGACAGUCUGUUAAGGGGAAUUAAUAGAGUUUUUGUCUAGCUGCUUGGUUUUAUUCGGUUGUUUCGAAUUUUGGGAUAGGUGGUUUUUUCGGCUUUGGCAUGAGGUGAUGACCUUACGAUUCAUGAAAAUUCUUGAUAUGAUAUUACAUGGAGAAUUUGUGACGAUAUGAUGUGAUGCUAUGUAUCCUGGAUUUAACGAUUCUGCUUUGAAAUCAGAUAUUCUUGUCCUCAACUGAAUAGUACUAUGAUAUUUAACCGACGCUCAAGCCUUAUGCUGAAAGG